CAAUGAUCACUUCAAACUUGUCAGUGUCCACACGAUGGUGAAAGGUGCUAUGUCGCGACACACGAACCUUGUUCGGACGAUGAUCAUGCGAUCAUUUAUUUUGUGUGCCAUAUUAUUUGUGAACGUUCAAUGUCAAAAAGACAAAGAAGGCGCGGACUAUGUGUGCCCGGAAGGCACGCAAGGCAAUGGAAAUUUCGCAGACCCUGCGACGUGUAGAAGAUUUUAUCAGUGCGUUGACGGUUAUCCAUACUUAAAUAGAUGUCCAUCGGGGCUGUAUUUUGAUGACAUCAGCAAAUAUUGUACUUUCAAAGUUGAAGCGAGGUGUGGUCCAAUUGCGACAACCCCAGCACCCAUAACAGAAGCCCCAACCGACCUUGCGACUCGGUGCGAGCCGGGUGACUGUCAGCUACCCUAUUGUUUCUGCUCAAAAGACGGCACACUCAUACCGGGUGGACUGGAGCCUGAGGAUACACCACAGAUGAUUAUGCUAACAUUUGACGGGGCGGUCAAUUUGAAUAAUUUCGACCUAUACAAGAAAGUUUUCAACGGGAAGUUGCGCAAUCCCAACGGAUGCCCGAUUCGGGGCACUUUCUUCUUAUCUCACGAAUACAGUAACUACGCUAUGGUACAGAAACUAGCGCACGAUGGACACGAAAUGGCUACAGGCACAAUAUCACAGCAGCAGGGCCUACAAGACAAAGGCUAUGAAGAAUGGGCGGGUGAAAUGAUUGGUAUGCGCGAAAUAAUGCGCAAGUUUUCAAAUAUAUCAAGGUCGGAGGUGGUCGGCGCGAGGGCACCGUUUCUAAAGCCAGGACGGAAUACGCAGUUCAAGGUCUUAGAAGAUUUCGGCUACAUAUAUGACAGUUCAGUAGGAGUGCCACCACUGCCGAUACCAGUAUGGCCCUACACGCUCGACUACAAAAUUGCUCAUGAAUGCAAAGCUGGUACCUGCCCCACUAAGUCCUUCCCUGGUCUAUGGGAGGUGCCUUUUAAUGCUCACUACGUGGCGACAUACGAAGGAGGUCAUUGCCCUUACUUGGAUCAAUGUGUCCUGCACAAUCAUGACUCUGAUGAUGUAUUGGACUGGCUUCAAGAGGACUUCAGACGUUACUACGAACAAAACCGCGCGCCGUAUAUGAUGCCAUUCCAUACAAAUUGGUUCCAAAUUAAGGAACUUGAACGCGGCCUUCACAAAUUCCUUCAUUGGGCGAGCGAACAAGAAGACGUAUGGUUCGUAACUGUAACUCAGGCCUUAACAUGGAUAACGGAGCCUCGUUCAGCGUCAACCCUGAACAAUUACGAGGCGUGGAAGUGUGAUAAAAAGGAUCUCCCACCAGCAGCGUGCAACAUCUCCAACAAGUGCGCGUUGCCAUUCAAGCACCCAGACACAAAUUUCACAGACACGAGAUAUAUGGAGACCUGUACUGAAUGCCCUAAUCAAUACCCUUGGCUGGGCGACUCGGGCGGAACAGGCAUACCCGGGAAGGACAAUUACAUACCCGAUAAUCUUAAGUGAAACUUUGUCGACAGUUCGUUUAUGACCAUUUUUUCUCUUCCAGUUUUUUAGGGUCACAUCACUAUUAAGAAUAUUUUAUUUAUAUACACAAAAAUACUAUUUUUUUAAAUUGGAAGUUUUAAACAGUUUGAAAUGUAAUAUAGGUAUUUUGACACUCUGUAUUAGAACUUCUAGGUUUUGAUGAGUUCUAUGGCACACUUAAAAUUACGUAUAUUAAACAUUAUAAUCUCUUUUAAUAGACUGUAACCUACUCUUUUCAUUUUUAAUAUUAUUAAUUUAAUAUGUAAUGUGUAUAUAGCCUAGUUGUAGCAGUGACUAGUCAUUGCAUUAUUUGACAAGCGUUUGUUGAUGAUUUUUGAUGGACAUUGAAUGCGUAAAUUGAAGAGACUACAUUCUAGCCAUAUAUGUAAGAAAUCUAGUAAUAAUUUUAUAUUUUUUGGUGCUUGAUUUGGUGCUAUGUAAAUUCGUUACGUGAACUGAAAUGCAGUACAGUAAUAAAAUAAUUAGAAACAGUGUU